AUGGAACUGUUACACUAUUGUUACGUCGAAGGCCUAGCAAAACUAAAACUUAUCAAUCCAGAACUGAAACUUCUUUUUAGUGUCAGUGAUCGAAAUUCCGCUAUGACUAAAGUGGUCGCCAAUGAAACUUUGAGGAAAACCUUUAAAGAAAAUGCUUACAAUCUAGUGAAAACAUUCAAUUAUGACGGUAUAGAUUUGGAUUGGGAAUUUCCUAAGGAAAAAGACAAGGAAAACUUUGUUAUCCUACUCAGUGAACUUAAGAUAGAAUUCACAAAACAUGAUUAUUUGGUCACAGCUGCUGUAAGAGCCAUACCAAUCUACAAGGAUACUGGAUAUAAUGUACCUGAAAUGUCUAAAUAUUUGGACAUCAUUAAUGUAAUGACAUACGACUUCUACGGCUCCUGGAGCAAAACGACUGGUCAAAAUUCCCCGCUUUAUUCUUCCUCAUUAGACAGUGCAUACGAAAGGAAAUAUUUGAAUAUCAAUGCUUCAAUAAACAAUUGGGUGGAUGCUGGUGCGCCAAAAAACAUUCUAGCAAUGGGUUUACCGUUUUAUGGAAGAACUUUUACAUUGAAAAAUGCUUCAGAUCAUGGUAUUCAUGCUCCUAGCUCUGGCGGAGGUAGACCUUUGGCUCCAACCUAUUACCAGAUUUUGUCGAAUUACCAAAAUUUCACUACAGAAUGGAAUGAAGAACAGAAAGCUCCUUACAAGUAUUCUGGCACGACCUGGUUAGGUUAUGAAGAUGAGCGAUCGAUUAUAAUGAAGGUUAAAUACGCUGUGGACAAUCAACUUUUCGGAGUGUUCCUCUGGCACUUAGGAUGUGAUGACGUUCAUGGUGAAUUUUCCGAUAAAAAGCAAACAUUAGUACAGACCAUAAACGAUGCUUAG